UUCCUCUCUCCCAGUCCCUCAGCUCUAACCAUAGCGCUGUAAGAGUUAGUAGAGAGUGUAAUGAGCACUGUAGUCUCUCCGUAGCAGCAGAAUCAGGGCUGCAGUGCUGUGCUGGGGAUUCAGGGCUGUGUGUGCGUCAGAUUCCCCACAGGGCUGAGUGAGCAGGAACACAGCUUGACACACUGGCACUUCCAGAGGGAAGAGGAGGAGAGGAGGAUAGAGAAACACUCUGUAUGCUUGCAUCGGGAGGAAGGUACAGCCUGGCUCUACACAGGCUUGGCAAUUUGAAGACCUUCGCAGACUGGUCUGAUCACAGAUACUGCACAUUGGCUGAGACUGAAGCAACAAAGAAAGUGAAAAAACAAAAAGAAGAAACAGCACUGGUACAGCAAACAAAAGCAACAACACGCAUGCUGGACAACACCAAAGCCUGGAGUUUCUGUAAGGUUAACUUGAGAGUUACCUAUACAAACAAAACAGAAAGAAAGUCAGGCACGAUACACAACAUUUCUGAACCUCAGAAGUGACAUGGAGAGGGGAACUGCAGUGUGUGCUAAUCUGCUGUCUGUACGUAUGUAGCUUGAGAAGAACUUUGACAUGACUAUCCUGAAGAAGGAUUAUGAGACACCCACGGAUGUUCUAAGCACACCUGAGGGACAGAUGGACGGAUGGAUGGACAGACAUUAACCUGAUUAUUAUGUAUUAAUUUCAAGUUUCACACUCCCAGAUAGUCACCCUUGGUUUCACACAGGCCCAGGGGGCAGCACUGCAUUUUGUAAACAUCCUCAGUACACAGACUGAUGGCCAUACGUCUUUAAGUAUACUUGGAUUGCCAGCUUGUUUCAAGAACAGAAAGACACUGACAGGAGGCUGUUUGAUUGACUGUGAGAGAAGAGGAAGUGCUCGGGGGGAUACUCUCUCCCUCCUUUAGGUCAUUUUGUUUGUGUGGAGUCUCUGAGCUACAAGGGAUGAAGACGUGAAGCCAGCGUCUGCCUGUCUCACCUGCACAGUGUCUCCGCCUGGUGCCUGGCCUUUGAACCCCAGUUAUUGCCAUGGCAAAGCUGGGCGCCCUGUCAGCACUGAGUGACUUCCAGAGCCAGGAGUGCAUCCUGCCACAGUGCAGCAUGGGGAGUGUUGGCAGCGGAGUGGCAGGCCAGCAAGAGUUUGCCAUGAAAAGCGUGGGCACUAGGACCCAGCAGAGCAGCGGGGGUGUGCGCAGUAACGGCUUCUCGACGCGGGAGUUCCAGCGGCGCUACUCGGGGGAGGAGAGGACCUACAGCUCAGAGAAGAUGCUGGUCUCCAAUUCGCUUUACAUCAACAGCGAGCAGCGACGCAGUGGAGAGCGAAGGGUUAAAGUGGAUCUAUGUGGAAAUGUUACCACCAACAACGAGAGGAACAGCAGCACCGGCAACCUACCCCCCGUACAGUACCGGGAUCCCCCCAACACCGACCACAGCCAGCAACCGCCCCCCAUUUCUGCAAACAACACCACCGGCAACAGCAAACUGGAACACCCACCUAAGAUCCUGCCUGUCUCCGGGAAACUGGAGCAGACUAACGAGACACUCGUCAGGCCCUCUGCCUUCAAGCCGGUUGUGCCCAAGAGCUUCCAUUCCAUGCAGAACCUUGUAUGCCCUCCUCAGAGCAAUGGGUCCAGUGGGGAGGGCCGCAAAGGGCCAGUGGGCAGUAUCAGCACUGGCCCAGGUGGGCACAUAGAGAGCCCAGGCACGGGGGGAGGGAGGGAGAGGCCUGGGGUGGGCAAGACAGGGAUGGGGCUGUCGGACUCGGGCAGGAACUCCCUGACCAGUCUGCCCACUUAUUCAGGCUCCGGCAGUGGGUACACCCAGCCACACCACCUGGGUCUGCUCAGUGCCUCCACAAGCCAUAUCAACCGGCUGGGCACCACAGGAGGAGGCUACGAGAAAGGAGGGGGCAUCAGUGGCUACAACAACGGCCUCUCUGCCUCAGACAGCGGCCGCUCCUCAUCGGGGAAGAGCAGCUCCUCCUUCAACAAGCUCAGCCACCUGAGCGAGGCACUGCCCUUCAAGCACUCCCCCUCCAGUGACGACAUCAUCCAGGACCUUGAGGACCGCCUGUGGGAGAAGGAGCAGGAGGUGCUGCACAUGCGUCGUAACCUGGACCAGAGCGAGGCUGCGAUCGUGCAGGUGUUUGAGGAGAAGCAGCGGAUCUGGGAGUGCGAGAUGGAGGAGUUGCGGCAGAACUACGCUAACAAGCUGCAGCAGGUGUCGCGCAAGACCCUGCGCGCUCAGCAAGCAGUGCAGCUGCAGAGCGCAAGGCUACAGCAGGACAAGCGUCGCCUGCAGGACGAACUUGCAACGCUGCUGGCACAGAGAGAGGAGCUUGAGAGGAAGUGCCUAGACUACAAGAAAGAGCAGGCAGAUAUGCUGCCCCAGCUGGAAGAGACCAAGUGGGAGGUGUGUCAGAAGGCUGGAGAGAUCUCUCUUCUCAAGCAGCAGCUCCGAGACUCCCAGGCAGAGGUCACUCAGAAGCUGGGUGAGAUUGUGUCUCUGCGUGGGCAGCAGAAGGAGUUGAAGACUCAGCUUCGUGAGUGCGAGGUGACCAUUCUGGGUCUAAAGGAUUCCUACAGCAGUAAGAGCCUCGCUCUGGAGCGUUGUGAGGGGGAGCUGCAGAAAACACUGGCUGAGGUGUCCCUACUGCGAGACAAGCUGGGAAUGUUUGAGGCGGAGGUUCUGGGGCUGAAGCAGGCUCUGGCAGGGCUGGGAGGGGGCGGUGGAGCUCCUCACACCCCCCCAGAUUUGCCUCCUCAGUGUCAGUCUGACCAGCUGCUGCAGAGCUGCCAGAGCGAUGAGGUGAAGGCACAGAGGCAGGCGGAGGCAGAGGCCGACGUGCUCCGGAGGCAGCUGGAGAGGCUGCAGGCAGAGCUGAGGAUGGAGAGGCAGCAGCGGGAGAGGCAGGCCAUCAGUUUUGCAGAGGAGAGGCACACGUGGCAGGGAGAGAAGGACAAGGUGCUCAAGUACCAGGCCCAGCUGCAGCUCAAUUAUGUGGAGAUGUACCAGAAGAACCAGGCUCUGGAGCAGCAUGUGGACGAGCUCGGCCCCAAACUGCCCCCGUCUGCCAACGUCCCAAACCCUGCCCUUAGCCCUGCUCCUAACCCUGCCCCUAUACUUAACCCUAAUCCUGCCCCUGCUCCAUCACAAACCCCUGGCGUGGACAAGAAGCUAAAGACUCCGCCCUGGGGUGGCCCAUCCCGCCUCGAGAGGAUUGAGUCAACCGAAAUAUAACUGACUGACACUGACACACAUACGCACGCACAUACACACACCCAUGCACGCACGCACGCACACAGACACACAUACACUGACUCACACGCACAUGCUGACUGACACAAACACGACUGACACUGACACACCAACUGAGACUGGCACACAUUGACUGACACUCACACUGACACAAACACGACUGACACACCAACUGAGACUGACACUUACACGGAAACAUACGCACACACUGACUGCCACAAACACGACUGACACAUACACACAUUGACUGACACUGACACACACGCAUACUAUGACUGACACUCACAUUGACACAGGCACACAGACAGGAUCUUCGCACAGCCAAGCAUGUGUGUCCAGCAGAUUGCCAGCAUUGCUGGUGCUGAGAUCUAACUGUCAGAUGUCAGCAUAUUGUCAACACAGUCGCUUGCCAAAAAAUCUAAUCCAGUCAAAUUGUAUCAGGUCGCCAAAAUUACUGGUACUAAAUAAGUUUGUCUUUUCACAUUGACAGUGCUGCUGGUGUAUUGAAUUAAAUAACUUUCUGGAACCUCUAAGAAGGUCAGACUUUCUAGCCUGCCAACACCCUGCUGAUACUUCACAGUAAGAUAAUAAAGUCAGGCUAUAACUAAUAGUGGGUAUACUGCUGCCAGAAAUACUGCAUUCUUUCUGAACUAAACACCCAGGGCAGCCCUGUUUUCACAGGCCAAUUGUAGCUGUUACUGCAGUCCCAGUGCAGUGGUUAAACAGUGGUCUCUCACCAUUCCUCUGCACUUGUGUCCUGUAAGCGUCCAAACAGCUGUGUCUCAGGACCUCUUGUCUGGGUCCCACAUUCUUUAAGAAUAAUAUUAUUAUAAAAUACCCACAUAUUUAUGUAGCCCUUUCUAAAGUGUGGCAGCAGUAACUAACCAAUGAGCUGCUCACGCCCACUUCCUUUUGCCCUGCUUGGUGCCUGUCUGAGGGAGAGAGAUUCUGUUCUCUUGCAGACUUUGUCCUUCUGUAUCCUGGCUGGAAGGGAAUAAAAGCUCCGGUCAACUCCAACUUUCCAACCCAGGGCUCAUAACUGCUGGUUUAAGAAAAAAAAAAAAAGCCCCUUUUCUGUUAAAGGUCAAGCAAUUGUUUUAUACGCUUACCUAGGCUUUAAUCCAGCAGAGUGAAUCAGGAGAGAACUGGGUGAGGCUGUCCUGGUCAGGGGUGGUGUUGGGUCGAUCUGUGUCAAUGAUGUGGGAGGGGCCAUGGGGACAGUGGGAGUGCUGGGCUGUCAUGGUCUGGCUGCACACUUAUUGUAUUAUGCGGAUCUGAAAAGUGUGACGCAGCAGAGCGUGUGUGUCUGGCUGUAUGAUCAGUAACUUCACUUCCUUCUGUGCAGCCUGGAUCCUGCUGCUGAGGACUUUACGACUGUUAUUAUUUUUAAAUCCAACGGAAACCCACCUUUGCAUUUUCUCCUCUGAGGGAACUGGUCACAGCUGCAGAGCAGCUGAGCUCUUGUUCUGGAAUAGCGCAGACACAAUAAAGGCAGUUAUUGCUGUGACACUCUGACACUCACUGUUGUGAAAGGACACCUAUUUGGCUCUCUGGAGUUCUGAGCAUGUCCAGUGUUUUGCUCCCAGUGUGACUGUGACUGACAGCGCAGGACAGUUCAGACC